CCUCGCUCGCCAGCGCCGGCCCCGCGCUCUGGCCUCCAACGCCGAGCGGCUCAGCCACAGCGCUCUCUGUGCCGCGGCGGGGCGGCGCGGGGCGGGGCAGCACCGCGCACUGCCGGAGCGGGUCCGUGCCAGGACUCGCUCUCCCACCGGGCCGGCCCCGCCGCCUCCUCAGGGCCGAGCCCCGGGGCCGCCUCCGCCACCCCCGCCCCCGGGGCUGCGCGCGGCCGGCGCCGGGGCGUGGCGGCGCUGCGGACGUGGCGGCCCGGCCGCCAUCGCGGCGGGUGCCAUGCGGAGCGGGGACAAGUAGAGCCGCGGCCCAGGGCAGAACGGGGACAAGUAGAGCCGCGGCCCAGGGCGGAGCGGGGCGGCGGGGCCGCCAGGGCAGGGUACGGCUCGGCUCGGCACGGCUCGGCUCGGCUCGGCUCGGCUCGGCUCUCACCUCCCCGCGGCGGCGUGGCCGACGGCUGCUGCGUCGGGAGGGAGCUGGGCGGGGGCGAGGAGGAGGGGCCGCCGUGGGGCUCCCCGCGGAGAGCGCCACGCCUGCGGUGCGUUCCGCGCGGCCACCCGCGGAGCAUGGCCGGCAGAGGCGCCGGCAGCGGCCCGCAGCCGCCCGCCGUGGCGCAGCCGCUCGCCGGCGGUCACCUGUACCCCUUGGUGAGCGCGGAAAGCGAGGGGCCCGAGGAGGAGGGCGAGGUGUCGGAACUGCGGCCGCGGGGCAAGGAGAAGGUCCGGCGGAGCGCGUCGAGGGACAGGCUGGACGAUAUCGUCCUGCUGACGAAGGACAUCCGGGAAGGGGAGACGCUGAACGCGAUCGCGCUGCAGUUCUGCUGCUCGGUUGCAGAUAUCAAGAGAGUUAACAAUCUUAUCAACGAUCAAGAUUUUUUUGCCCUGAGGUCUGUCAAAAUUCCAGUGAAAAAGUUCAGUGUAUUGACUGAAACCCACAUAUCUCCAAAAGGAAGACCAGCUCUUCGGCCUGCUCUGUGUUCCCCAGAAGUACAGGAAACAUCUCUUUGUGAUAAAUUCUCUGCUAAUGAGACUGCUGGCAAUUUCUUAAAAGAAGUCGAUCGAGAUAUAGAAGAAAUAGUGAAGUGUAAUGAUACAAAGAGAGAGAAUCUGAAUGAAGUUGUUUCUGCUUUAGCAGCCCAACAGAUCUGUUUUGAAACUGAUGGUAAAACUAACAUACGCAAGGAUCCUUACUAUGGAGCAGACUGGGGUAUAGGAUGGUGGACAGCAGUAGUGAUUAUGUUGAUUAUUGGCAUAGUAACUCCAGUUUUUUAUCUCCUGUACUAUGAGGUUCUAGUGAAAGCAGAUGUCAGUCACCAUUCUCCAAUGGAAUCUUCCCAUUUGUUUGUCACAGCAGUAUCGCAUCAGAAAGAAAUAGAAAAUGGAAUAAAUCCAACAAAUAUUAUGAAAGUUGAUAAUCAAGGAGUCCUUCAGCAAUGAUAAUGGAAGACGCUAGACAAUUGUUAUUUGUAGAUAUAUAACAUAACUUAGGUAAAGGGGAAUCCACAGAAUGCAGAAUGCACUUGGAACACAGAGAAAAAGUGUACUGAUGUGUGACUUGCCUUUAUGGGCAGCGUUCAACUACGAGGAUAUUCCUGGGGAUCACAUAAUCUCUGAAUAUGCCUGAGACAGGCAGUUUGCAAGACUGGGGUGUAAACUAAGGUAUGAAGUCAUCUCUGAAGCUUUGCACUUUUUUCUAUUUUGAUAGGCAUAUUUCUUAAUUAAUGAUGUGAAAAAAUGUAGUUCAAACUAAUACACAGAGUCUCACUGUGAGUGUGUUUUACAGCCCAGAAAUGGGCAUAUGGGGAUAUCUAACUUUUAAACAUCCAAAAGUAUUUAUAGAAUUCAUAGUACACUUGACAUUUUAAUAUCAGGUUUACAGUUGUAAGUUAAAGUGGUGUUCUCAUAAUUUGAUCUUUCUUACAGAGUAAGAUUUUUUUUUAAACUCAAUCAUUCCAUAAUUAAUUACCACUAUAAAGUUCUUUUUCACAAUUGACUAUUAAAAAGGCAUUAGCAAAUACUUAAACUGGAAUCUUGAUAUCUUGUGCCUAUGAUUAACGAAUUCUUUAGUACUUUUCAGUAUAGGCACUAGGGUAAUCUGUUUCCUCUUUGUGACUGUGCCUCAACACAGUCCACUUAGGUGUCUUCCUGAAACUUUACAUUCUUCUUGGUAUCCUGCUGAACACUGUGGAAUGCAUUUUCAUCCGUUCACCUGUGUGUAGAAUGAAUGAAGUAUGGCACCUUGCUGUAACUGCCCCAGCAGUUCUUAUUUUCUGCUAACACAUUUUUUUCCCCCCUUCAGUUAAUCUCAGUUCAGGACCAACUGAUUCUUCAGACUGCAGUCGUGUGGGUACUGAGCAUGCUAUUAUUGGUCUUGUGCCCAUGAACCUCAAGCACUUAACUUUUUCCCUGAAACACCCUAGAAAACUUAAAAUGAUAUUUAAUGCCUGAUAGCAAAUGGCAGCAGAAUAGACAACCUGAAACCUCAGGCUUGUUCUUUACAUAUUAGUGUAUUCAUUAACCACUCUGCUCUUGAAUGUUUCUCUUGGAGUUUCAUGAUAGGCUUUGGUUUUCCCCUCUUUUUCUUCCCCAUUUGAAAAUUCUACAAGAUAAAAACCCCCAAACCUCUGGAGUAUUCAUAGAGAAAGGAGGUACUUGUGUACUCAGAAUACUUUCAAAUAAAAACUGAGAUGGUGCCUAUAAUUCUUUUGGUUAUAUUUGCCUUGUGGAGCAAGAAUUGCACUGCCCUGUUCAAAAUAGCAUUUAUUAGCAAAACCCAAGAUAAAAAGAUUAGGACUUUAAAAGAGAGAAGCAGAAAAACAGUAUCCUUUAAACUACUACUGUAACCUUUCCAAUGAUUGUCUUGGCUAAGUAUAUACAGUAUAAAAAGUCAGGUAAAGUGAAUGUGUUCUAACUAUUGAGGUAUUCCAAAAUGCUCUGUCAGAUUCUGUGUAAAGACUUGAGCUUUAUCUAUUUUUGGGGCACCAGUUGCCCCAAGAAGUGGGGCAGAGUCUUCACUGGCGUGCCAAGCAUAUGAACAAGAAUUGGAUAACUUGUAUUAUAUUAAAAUUGAGGCAGGCCAGAGCUUGAAGGAAAAUGGUGAACAGUUAGGUACCUGAACUAUGACCUGUGACUGUUGAACCAUUUGAUUAAAGGAGCAUCUGUGGAGAUAGAGUGCCUACUCAUAGUAUCCACACUGGAAAAAAGAUUACAAACAGCAUGAACUUGAUGGUUUGCAUAACACUUUUAUUCAAAGAUGUUUUCAAAUAGUAGUUCUUUUCAUUAAGGGAAUAUGCCAGUAAAACAAGCAUAAAUACUGAGAUAGCAGUUCUAAUGCUAUAUGAAAAAAAUGUUACACAAAAUAAUUUAUGGUGGCUAAAGCAAUACAUCUCUCAUGGUUAAAACUUUAAAACGGACUCACUCAGACAAGAAAGAUUUGGCACAUAAAAACAAGUGUUUUCUGUAUAGGAUAAAACUUGGUACGUAAUGCAUUGGUUUUUUUGCUGCAAGCCUUUUUAUUGUUUUGUUCUUCUCCCAUCAUUCUGUUGCUGAAACUCACCAGUUCUAAUACUUUAUCCUUCCAUUUCUUAUGGAUUCAUCAAAGAACAUUAAAUUAGCUAUUGUGAUGAUGCAGCAUAAGCCUAAUUUACAGCUCAUGCCUGAACUGAUGGUUACUAAAUUGCUGUUGGUGCAGAAAUGAAAUUAACUGCAGUUGUGGUUUGACUUGGUCAGGAAGGUCUCUGACCUGUUGGUGUAUGGAUACAGAGUCCGUGGUGGUACAGCUGAGGAGUCGUCUAGUGCGUCCCAGGCUUUGGGCUUUUAUAAUGUCGAAGACCUGUGGCUUACUGGCACUGAGUUAAGGGUGAUGUGACUUGAUUCACCUUGGUUAUCGAUAAGCAGUCUUUGGAAAAACACAAAGGGACAGCUGUUUCAUUGGACUACAUUCCAUUAUAACCAAGAGCCUGGUGUGUUUUUAUGUAUGUAUUACGUAGCAUUUCAUACGGUACAUUUUUAAUUAAGAGUUAACUUAAUCAGAAGAUUCAGUAGAUCUCUUUUCAAGACUGUAGGACUCCUGAUCCCGGUAAUCUUCAAUCAUUAGAUGGCUUGGCUUUCUGCACAAUGUGGGGAUCUUUACAGCUUUUUUCCAAAGUACAACACAACUGGUAGUUCAUCAUUACAUGUCAGCCCUGAAUAAACAGGGUAACUGCUCUGCAAGGAACUUAAAAUCUGGUUCAAGUUAAAAUCGGUUAAUUCAGUCUUUUAGAAACUGACUUCUUAAACAAACAAACGAAACAAAAGAGAAAUAAAUAAAAGAAACCCCAAAAGCAAACAAAAAAAGAGCCAAAACCUCCACAAAUGUGGAAUAAUUGAGUUGUAAAUCACCUUUGGGAUUAAUUGCACUAUGUUGUUCAGGAAAUGGGUUUUAAAUUUAAGUGCACAUUACACGGUUGGAUCAUAUAAAAUCUAAAUGUUUUAAGUCUGGCUUCAGAGUAAGUUCUCACAAAUAGUCCUCAUAAUUUUUAUAAGGGCUGAAAAUACAACUUUGAAAUGCUUCUGAGUGAGGUUGCAAGUCUUAUUUUAAAUACUUCUGCUCCUCUGCUUUUAGAAGAACCUAAGUAGUGUAUGUAAAAUAAAGAUUUUAUUUUGGACUGCAGUGAAAAUGGGGCAUCUAAUAUAUUUUUAUUUCUACGUACUUCACAUGUCUUAUUACAGGAGGCCACCACUUGUAUUUGUUUAGGCCAAUUUUUAUGCAUGAUCUACAAUAAAAAUCCUUAGCCAGCAAGUACUUUGUUGGCAGUAGCUGCAUAUAGCAUUCAUAUGUAGCAUACCAUAACUGCAGCCUUUAUGAUUUAUUCUAUUCAUGUCUUGUAAACUUUGAACUUUUCUGCGUAAAUUUCAGAGGACUUGUUAUAAUUUAGUUGUUCAUAAUUAAAGGGAGGGAUCAGUGAAGGUCUUAGAUGGUGAGAUGACACUGAAAGCAAUAUUCUGUGCUAUAAAUAAGGAUUUGAAUAUAUGCCUAUCCAAAUUUGAAGUUUGCUGAAAACCAAAGAACAGUUUUAAGUUUUAUUGGCAUUAUGGUCUUGCAAUAAAUUCUACGCAAUCAGAAAAUCAGCUUCUGAAAAGACAGGCAAGCAUUACACCUCUGGAAGAGAACAAUCUCACUGCUUUUCAAAAGUGCUGUGACACUAAUCUUUGUCCUUGCAGUACUUGUUUCUAAUUGAUGGCCUUAGUUGCCAUAGCUAAACUAUUCCUGGAGGGUCCAGCCUAAGAUUUUGCCAUUCCCUCUGGAGGAUAGAGAAAAAGACCUGAUUUACCAGAGUAAUAUUUCUCAACAGUGCAAUAUGAAGGCAGUUUCCCAUUAGAAUGAUGAACGGCAAAAGUAAUUGGUCCUCAAGAACUACUGUGUGCUGCAGAAUAAGACAUGGUACUUGUUCAGACAAGCCACAACUUGUCAACAAAUUGUUACCCAUGCAGUAAACUAUUUUGUAGUGUUAAUUUUAUAGUUCCAUCUUUGACAAAAGCUAUCUAUUUGCAUUCCUUUUUGUAGGGGGCAAGGAGUCUCAUCAUUCACCUUGUGGGGGAGAACAGCUAGCAAAAGCAGUUGUAGUCACAGCAAGCAAACUUAAAUUUUCACCAUACUUGCCUCAUUCACAUCUUCCGCCUGUGUUUUGUAUAUCACACACAAGAAACAGGCACACCCAUUCCAGAAACAACUACUGAUGUGUGUGAUGUUAAAAAAGAAUUUAACUGGAAGAAUACAUUUCCUGAGCAUGUUUAUCACACACUGUAGUCAACAGCACUUCAAAACAAAAGUGGCAAACCUCUGAGGUGUGACCUCCAUAGCAUUUUAGUUUCAUUUCCUUUAUAUAUGAUAUGUAUUUUAUUAGAACACUUGAAAAUUACACCUUAAGGACCGAAUUCUUGCUGCAGACAGAAGUUCACAGAAUAAUGCAGAAUUGUUUCCCAGUUGCCAGUGAGGUGAAAUACUUCUUUUAAGAAAAUAAAACCUCAAAACUAACCAACAAAACAAGCCUAAAAACCCUAAUCAGCAGUAAUGUAGUAACAAUAAAAAAUAGUAUUUUUUACUAUCAAAAGACAAUAAGAUAUAGAGAAUGUGCUGUCACAGUGUUCUUCAAGUAUCUAAUCUCAGUAUAAGUUUUCAACACUACAGCUGUUGGUUCUCAAAUAAAAAGGAUGUUUUCAAACAUUAAGCUUUUUCUUUUUCUUGGCAUUGUCUUAUUUUUCUAAUUAAAUCAUGCAUUAAAAUACUUCACCACA